CCUUGUGUCAGUACUUCAAGGACUGGACACACACACAGACACGCUGUUGGUGGCGGUAACUCCAGAAGAGCGAAGCGAAGAGAAUAUUUAACAGAGUAGAAGUGCAGAGACUCUCAAAGGACGCCUCUUCCGCGCACCGCCCCUGGAAGCUCGUGGCUCUCUGUCUAUCCGACUGUGUGUGUGUGAGAGAGAGAGUGUGUGUGUGUGUGCGCGCGUGUGCGUGCCUGUGCUCUGUUCCGUGCUGAAGGGGAAAGUUUGGCUUGGAGUUGCCGUGCCGCUGGAGGAACAGUAGUGGACUUAAUUUCCCUUCCUGCGAGAGGAGAGGAGAGGAGAGGAGAGGAGAGGAGCAGAGCCCCGUGUGGACUUAAGCUCUCUGGCCCUUUUUUUUCCCUCUUUUUUCUUUUUCUUUUUGUGUUUUUUUUUUGUUGUUGCGAACUCUGGGAUUUGGAUUGGGAAACCACAAUAAGAGGUAGAGAUGGACAGGUGGGCGGUGAGUCUCGUGAUGGGGCUCCUCACUCUUGCCCUCUGGUCAACAAGUCCAGCAAACGGAGCGAACCACUGUCUGACAGCCAAGAAUGAGACCUGCUCCAUAUGCCUCCAAACAGGAAAGGGCUGUGGAUACUGCGCAGAUGAGGUCUUUACCGCUCCUCGAUGUGACCUGGAAAACCAUCUGACAGACCUGAAGUGCCGUACGAUAGUGACUGCACAGAGCUCCAUGUCCAUAGAGGAGAACAAGGCCAUCGAUAUGAACCUGAACUACGCCCAGGUGACGCCUCAGAGGAUGAGCAUGACCCUGCUGCCCGGCGAGGAGCGCGAGGUGGCGUUUGAGGUCUUUGAGCCCAUCGAGGGGCCCCUGGACCUCUACAUUCUCAUGGACUUCUCCAACUCCAUGUCCGACGAUCUGGACAACCUGAAGAAGAUGGGGGAAGAGCUGGCAAAGCGGGUAGACAAGCUCUCUAAAGACUUCACCAUCGGCUUCGGCAAGUUUGUGGACAAAGUCACUGCACCGCAGACGGAUAUGAGACCGUCCAAAUUGAAGGAGCCUUGGACCAAUAGCGACCCUCCCUUCUCCUUCCAGAACGCCAUCAAGCUGACAAGCAACAUCACCUCCUUCCGUGAGAAGCUGCAGAGGGAGCGCAUAUCUGGCAACCUGGACGCUCCAGAGGGAGGCUUCGACGCCAUCCUGCAGACUGCUGUCUGUGAGUCGGAUAUCGGCUGGCGGAACGAAGCCACCCACCUGCUGGUCUUCUCCACGGAGUCUGCGUUCCACUACGAGGCCGACGGCAUGAACGUGCUGUCGGGCAUCCUGCCCCGCAACGACGAGGCGUGCCACCUGAACACCAACGGCACCUACACCCACUACAAGGAGCAGGACUACCCAUCAGUGCCCACACUGGUGCGGCUACUGGGCAAGCACAACAUCAUCCCCAUCUUCGCCAUCACCCAGCACUCCUACUCCUUUUACGAGAAGCUGGCUACAUACUUCCCCAUUGCUGAAUUAGGGUUACUUGAGGAGGAUUCUACAAACAUCCUGGACAUUCUGGAGAAUGCCUUUCAGAGUAUCCGUUCAAAGAUAAACAUCCGAGCUGAAGACAGGCCGAAAGCCAUGCAGACGACCAUCCUGUCAGCCAGUGGCCAGAUCGCAGAUUCUGGAACCUUCCGUCUUCCGCCUGGAGAAAUCGGCAAGUAUACGCUGAAGGUGAAAGCCAAUCAGAUGUUUGGAGAAAAGCGGGUGUGCCAGUCUGACUCUGAUGUCCGCGAGGGCACCAUGAGGGUGAAGCCCACCACCUUCAGCAAGGCCCUGCAUCUCGAUGCCAAAGUGCACUGCCCCGUAUGCCAGUGCGAGUCGUUGAAGGCUGUGAAAUCCCAGCGUUGCAGUCUGAACGGAGACCUGAUCUGUGGAAAAUGCCAGUGUUAUGACGGCUGGUUGGGUCCGCACUGCAACUGCUCCGACAGCGACUCGAACGCCAACACGGCCCGCUGCAACGAGCCGGGCACCAAAGUGGCGUGCUCUGGGCGCGGAGACUGCCUGUGUGGCACCUGCGUCUGCCUCAACCCCAGCCAGAUCGAGGGCGAGUUCUGCCAGUUCGACAAGUCCCAGUGCACACGCUUUGGAGGAGCCCUCUGUAAUGAUCGUGGAAUCUGUUCCAUGGGUAAGUGUGUGUGUGAAUCCGGCUGGAACGGCCUAGCUUGCGAGUGUCCAAUCAGCAAUCAGACGUGCCUGGACAGCAAAGGGGUCAUGUGCAAUGGGCGAGGUGUGUGUAAGUGUGGUCGCUGUGAGUGUCAGAAGUUUGACAUGCCCCUUGGCCCUACCUGCGAACUCAGUGUUCGGGCCCAGCUGGGCAUGUGUGAGGACAGGCGUGCGUGUGUGCAGUGCCAGGCGUGGAAGACGGGGGAGAAGAAGGACGCGGAGGAGUGCAAGAACUGCCCCUUCAAGGUCCUCAUGGUGGACGAGCUCAAACCCAAGGAAGAAGUGUUUGAGUCGUGCAGCUUCCGUGAUGAGGACGACGACUGCACCUAUCACUACACAGUGGGGUCGGAUCCCAAGAUGAAGGAGACUACUGUGGAGGUGCUGAAGAAGAAAGACUGUCCUCCUGGCGGGUUCCUGUGGCUCAUCCCUCUCAUCAUGUUCCUCAUGCUGCUGCUGGGUCUGCUGCUGCUCUGCUGUUGGAAGUACUGCGCCUGCUGCAAGGCCUGUUUGGCGUUGCUUCCCUGCUGUGGUAGAGGUCGCACGGUGGGCUUUAAGGAGGACCACUACAUGCUGCAGCAGUCGCUGCUGACCUCUGACCACCUGGACACCCCCAUGGUGCGCACCGGCCCCCCCAAGAGCACCGACGUGGUGCGCUGGAAGAUCACCGACAACGUGCACCGCGGAGCCGACCACCCCCUGGCCCGCGUCCAGCCCAACCCCAAAGAGACCAUCCAGUUCCCUCUCUCCCUGCGUCUGAACCGUCUGUUCUCCGAGAGUCUGUCUCGCCCAGAGAGCCGUGAUGCAGAGGCCCUCCGCCACGAGGUGGAGGACAACCUGAAUGAAGUGUACAAGCAGAUCCCUGGGUCUCACAAAGUCACCGGCACUACCUUCAGGACCCAGAGAAAUGCUGGCAAAAGGCAGAACAACACCAUCGUGGACACGGUUCUUGCGGCCCCUCGCUCCGCGUACCCCGAAAUCGUCAAGCUGACCAACAAGCAGGUGCAGGCCAGUACCUUCAGCAACAUGAAGGUCGUCCCGGGCUACUUCACCGUGGCAACAGACCGAGAGGCCACGGGGGCGGUGGAGCUACAGGAAGGUGUGGAGUCCGUGGACGUGCGUGUGCCGCUCUUCAUCAAAGACGAGGAUGAGGAGAAGAAGCAGCUGCAGGUGGAGGCUCUCGACGUGCCCGUCGGCAUCGCCACGCUCGGCCGCAAAUUCGUCAACAUCACCGUCGUCAAGGAGCACGCCAAGAGCAUCCUGACAUUCCUGCAGCCUGCGUACACAUACAGUCGGCAAGAUGGCGUGGCUAACAUCCCCAUCAGCCGCGAGAUCAUCGAAGACGGACGCACACAGGUCACCUACCGCUCCCGGGACCUCACCGCCAAGGACAAGAAGGACUAUAUGACUGUGGAGGGGGAUCUGACCUAUCAGCCGGGCGAGACUCAGAAGAUGGUUCCCGUGAAGCUGCUGGAGCUGGGCGAAACCGACGGCCUGCUGGAUGACCGGCAGGUCAAACAGUUUGUCAUGGACCUGAGCAACCCGCGCCAGGGUGCCAAACUGGGCCGCUACCCCCGCACCACCAUCACCAUCGCAGACAAGCCUGAGCCCAGUGUGAUGAUGUUUAAGAAGGGCACCCAGACCUUCACGACCUCUGACCCUGUCUACAACAUUCCCGUGGUCCGAACCCGGAACCUGGAGGGCCCGGCCACCGUGCACUGGCGGACACGGAAGGCGUCUCGCUUCGAGAUGUCCGGCCCGCUGAAGUUCGGCCCGGGCGAGAGCGAGAAGAACGUUGUGAUCGACGCACGCUCCCAUCCAGGCCCCAUCAACCCCGAGACCUUCCAGCUGGAGCUGUUUGAGCCGGGCCCCAACGCCGCCGUCGGAGAGAGGAAGACCACACUGGUCAAUGUCACUGACCCUGGCGGCGAUAUGAAGACCCAGGACAUGAUCCCGCUGCAGAGUAUGGGCUUCAUGAACCAGCAGCAGACGUCCCCAGGAGGAGUGCCCUUCUCCCCCACCAACAUCAAGGCCAGCGCCACCGGCCCCCGGAACAUCCGCCUCAACUGGACCCCCGUGCCCGGGGCCCUCGGCUACAAGGUGAAACACUGGAUCUACGGAGACGCAGAGGAGGAUGGUCAGGUGACCGACGUGAAGUCGCCCCAGGCCGAGCUGACCAACCUGUACCCGUACUGCGACUACGAGAUGCGGGUGUGCAGCUACAACGCCAUGGGAGAGGGCGGGUACAGCGACAUGGUGCCCUGCCAGACCCUGGAGGAUGUCCCCAGUGAGCCGGGUCGGCUGGCCUUCAACGUCCUGAGCCCCACGGUCACUCAGGUGAGCUGGGCCGAGCCCGCGGAGCCCAACGGCGUCAUCACAGACUACGAGGUCAUCUACACGCCCAUCGACGAGGACAGCAAGCCCAUUGGCACGGACAAGAAGGUGAAGAUCAACAAUGCAAAGAAGCGCAUGUUGCUGAUCGAGAACCUGCAGCCCAACCAGACGUACCGCUACAAGGUGCGGGCCAAGAACAGCAUUGGGUGGGGACCGUUCCGCGACGCCACCAUCAACCUGGCGUCGCAGCCCAGCAGACCGAUGUCCAUUCCCAUCAUCCCUGACAUCCCCAUCGUGGAUGCGGAGGCGGGUGACGAGUAUGACAGCUACCUGAUGUACAGUAACGAGGUGCUGCGGACCCCUAGCAGCUCCAAGAGCCCCAGUGUGGUCGGAGACGACCAUACCAACGUGAACGGCAAGUGGGACCAGAGUUUCUUGUACCCCGGAGGUUCCGGCUCUCUCACUGGCUCCCUCUCGCGCAACAUCAGCUCUGCGUCGUCCAGCUACAACCAGCUGUCGCCCCUUCCUCACGGCAGCUACAAACACGGAAGCUCUGCUGGCAGCAUGACCAUGGAGACCACCACCACAUACGUGUCAGGCCAAGGGGGCUCGAUGUCACGGCAGGUUAUCUCAAAAGGCGGAGUCCCGUCCGGAGAGGUGAUCAUGAGGAAGCGUUCGGAGAACCGCGGUUACUAUGACGAGAACGUGCGGGAUUCCAUUGUCAUGGGCGAUUUGCAGGCUGGAUUCAUGGACAGCAUGAGUGGCUCAGGCUACACUAAGACCAGCCUCAGCAUGAAUGCCAGCUCCAGGGGGCGCACGCAGUCGGAGGAUGUGAACGAUGCCCUCAUGAACCUGGACAGGGUGCUCCUGGAGACCCGGAUGAACCCUGGUGUCCCCGACACCCCGACCCGCCUGGUGUUCUCGGCCCUGGGGCCCACGGCCCUGAAGGUCAGCUGGCAGGAGCCCCACUGCGAGAGGGACAUCCUGGGCUACUGCGUCCUCUACCAGCUGCUCAACGGAGGCGAGACGAAGCGCAUCGACGUGAGCAACCCGGCGCAGAACUCGGUGGUGGUGCAGGAGCUGCUGCCCAACCACUCGUACGUCUUCAAGGUCAAGGGUCAGAGCCAGGAGGGAUGGGGCCCCGAGAGGGAGGGCGUCAUCACCAUCGAGUCCGCCGUCGACCCCAACAGCCCCCUCAGCCCCAUGCCUGGCUCUCCGUUCACUCUGAGCACGCCCAGUGCCCCGGGCCCGCUGGUGUUCACGGCGCUGAGCCCCGACACGCUGCAACUGAGCUGGGAGAAGCCGCGCAAACCCAACGGGGACAUCCUGGGCUACGUGGUCACCUGCCAGCAGCUGCACGGGGGAGGUGACUUGCGCUCCUUCCAGGUGGGCGGGGACAACGCGGAGACGAGCCUGACGGUGUCUGACCUGCAGGAGAACGUGCCCUACAAGUUCAAAGUUCAAGCGCGGACUACCCAGGGCUUCGGGCCCGAAAGAGAGGGCAUCAUCACCAUCGAGUCCCAGGAUGGAGGCUCCAUGUCUCAGUUUAACAGUCAGUCUAUGAGCAGCAGAGAGGUGUUCCAAAUGCCCGGAGAAUCCACCACGCACACCAGCGUCACACACACCAAUUUCGGCGGUCCCUACUUAUCUGGGGAUAUGCAAGAGGUCACGGGAGGCAUGAUGAUGACCACCCAGCGCAUGGAGAGCAGCGGAACCUUCACGCGUCAAGUGAUGCAGGAAGUGGUGCAGAGGGGCGUGGUCUCCAGCACAAGUGUGACCAAGCGCACAGAGAAUAAAUACUACGAGGCCUAAGGACAUAUUAAUAAACACACACACACACACACACACACACACACACACACACACACACACACACACACACACACACACACACACACACACACACACACACACAGACACAGAGAAUAAAUACUACGAGGCCUAAGGACAUAUUAGUAAACACACACACACACACACACACACUCAAAGCCAAUGCAAAAGGGACAAACUAGUUUUCUAAACAGGUCAGCGGUGUUACCUGUGAUUUUCCAGGUCGCACACAGGUGACCCUUUUGAGAGACAAUAGUGUGAGCUCUCCCUGUCUGUUACAAACCAUCCUCCCUUGCUCCCGCCCACGUCUCCAGGGUCACCAUGGGAACACAUUAUGGUCUAUUCUGUUUCGUCUCAUUGUAGGACUUGAACUCGUUUUUGAUUAUGAGUAUCAUCUCAAAAAGACCCUUCACAGAAUCUGCAGUCCUACCCUCCGUCUCCCAGAGCAGCACCACAGGGCCCAACAGCCUCGAGUGCCCUCUGAGGAAGGGUAUUAACGGCUCACAAAUGCCCUCUGUGCCCUGCCCAAGCCCUUUGGUCAGAGGGUUCAUUCACUGUUCCCUUUGAGACUUGCCCCCCCGUUCUGCCCCCGCUGUAGCAUCACCUGUGGGGCUUUGGAUUAGAGUGACCUGUCUGCCAGGGCUGAUUAGGGGAGAUUAUCCCCAGCGAGAGAUCCUACUGCCCAAGGCAAGUCAUGCCACGGCAAGUGAGGACUAUCUGCCCCUUAAUACCCCUGGUCAGAAACUGCCUAGUGUGUGUAUGUGUGUGUGUGGGGAGGGGGGGCAAGAGAGCCUAUCUACUCACCGGUCUGAGUUGCCCUGUUUUAAGGUAUAUCUGCAGUUGCUUAGUCAAGAUGAUGCCAUGAAAUGUAGAACACAGUCUUAGUAUCUGUGCCUUACAACCUGAGGUGAUUUUUACUGAGGAGACAUGAUCAUUUUUACACACAGGUUAUUUCCUUUUAAAUUGUUUGUUGUGUAGGUUUGAAGCAUCUCUCUGAACAUCAAACUCAAGUUAAAGUUAAAUCAAUUUUAAAACAUCUCUUGCGUCCUAUGCUUCAGGUAUUCAGCUUUCAGUGUUCCAUUGCUUCAGCAAGGGUUAAUGUAUUCAGACGAAAGAUUGUUUUGAUUUUUGUUUUGUUUUUUAUCAUAUUCCAGAUAUGUUGUUUUAUAUUCUUUCAGUUUUACAUUGAUAUCAUUUUAUGUGAGGAUUUUCAGUUGAAACAGUAUCUCGCCGAUGUUUUGAUGUAGUCGGACAGGUUGUCAACAGAUUUUGUUCCACCAUACCAAAAUCAUUGCCAUGUUUGUUUGAAAGGUUUUGGUUCCACUGGGUCAUUGUGUAGAAACACUGAACUCCUACCACUGCCUGUAAUGGUUUUCUAAUACGCAUGUCAACAACAUUGCACUUAAUGAAAUUAUAAUUGUAAAACAU